AUGGAGGCACUGAGUUUCCUCAGUGGUGGUGGCAUUGCGAGUAGUGCCAAAUACUUUGACAUCAGAUUGGAUGAUCAAUAUGUCGUCUUCCGUGGAAGCGAGCAUGAAGCUGCCAGUGCUCAUCUAAGAGGCACACUAGUUCUUUGUCUCUCAGAGCCGCUUACCAUCAAACAUAUUAAACUGUCGUUGACCGGCAUGUCACGGAUAUGCUGGCAUCUCCCCGCUAGCCCUACAGCAGGUGGUCGUAAACCGUACAAGGAAAAAGUCUUUUUUGAAAAGGAUUGGAAGUUCCGGGAUGCUGGAAAAGGAAGAACUGAGAUUUUGCCGGCCGAUAACUACGAGUUUCCUUUUAAUGUCAUAUUGGAGGGUUCCCUGCCGGAGAGUGUUGAAGGAUUGCACGAUACUUGGGUUACGUACCGAUUCAAAGCAGAGAUUGGCAGGAAAUAUGCACGCGAUAUCGUCAUCCGAAAGCCGGUGCGCAUUGUUCGAACGCUGGACCCGAGUGCGCUGGAGCUAGCACAUGCCAUGUCAGUGGAAAACAUCUGGCCAAAUAAAAUCGAAUAUUCCAUCAGUACCCCCACAAAAGCCGUCAUUUUUGGCACAUCGGUGCGCAUCGAUUUCCGGCUUAUUCCUCUUUUGAAGGGGCUGAAGAUUGGAACGAUCACAUCACAACUUAUUGAAACCCAUGAACUGACGAUGAAUCCGGAUGACCCAACGACCGUUCAAAACACCUACAAGUCGACGCGAACGAUCAAGACUGAUGAUUACGAAUUGAACGAAGACGAGCAGCUUCAGAUUUUGGAUGAGACGGCGGAGGGAUUCCAGUUUCAUCGCACAUUGGAACUCCCUCAUUCAUUAUCGCGGUGUUUGCAGGAUACGGAUGUGAAAGGCAUCAAGAUUCGUCAUAAGCUCAAAUUCAGGGUACAAUUGCAUAACCCUGAUGGACAUGUCAGCGAGUUGCGCGCCACACUACCCGUUUCAGUUUUGAUUUCACCGGAUUUGCGCAUCGACGAUAACAAUACCCUUAUCGAAGAUGGUGCUGUCGCACACCAGCAAGCAGCAGAGGAACUCGCACACCAAGCACCUCCUCUUUACGGACAACACCAAUUUGACCGUCUAUACAGUGACAUCGAUAUUAGCGGAUACCGCACACCUGGACCUAUAAGCGGCUCUGCUACGCCCUUUGGCGCAUUGAGCAGGAAUAUUUCGUCUGAAGACCUUCCUUCGCUCGAGGCCAUCACAAACGGAGAUAUAUCCGCGUCGGCAUUGCACAGCCGACUUAGCCACCUUGAUGCCAAUCGAGGCAUUUAUUCUUCAUCUCCCGGUACCGGUGACAACCAAGAUUUAGAACACGGCCCAGCAGCACAGCAAACCGCAGAUUACUUCAGCCAUAUGAACGGACGUCAAUCCGGCGGCAAUUCUCAUCCACAAAGCCCCGAGAACGGUUCUCGACGAGCUUCCGACGAACACGAGCGCGAUAACUCAGACUCUACGGUGCCGUCCGGCAUGGUUACACCACAUCAACCGCAAUAUAUGGAAGUUGAGACGUUAAGCCGUGUACCAAGUUAUACCACCGCCAUCAGGUCAACCGCUCGAACUCAAUACGAUAGUGAGCUCCCGGAUUACGAUGCCGCUGUACUAAGCUCAUCACCACGAGCACUUCCUCCACCACAACAGGCGCAUAUCCGUAGCUCGGGUACGUCGUCGCCUACACGGAUGCCGAGUCUAAAUGAGGCGCUUCAUCGACCGUUUUAUCCCCAUCACCAUAUUGGCCACGGACAUGAUGACGAUGAGCGACGGUUACGUCUCACGCAAGCACGUGUCGAUAUAUAG